AUGUCGCCGAGUCAUCAAUGCCUGAGGAGUGGAAUUUCUUCGCGCCUCCCAUAUCGCGGCGGCGGCGCGAUGGGAUCCAGAUCUGAUGAGCAAGGGAAGCCCCGCCGUCUCGGCAGCAUGGAAAGAAGAAAGGAUGGGAAUCUCAGGGGUGCCCAAGCACGGAAUGUCGUGCUGCGCGGCCAGUGUGAAAUGCGACCCAGCCGGAAGGCCGUUUCAUUAGUCACUUCUUUGAGCCGGGAUUUGCCAGGCCUUAGAUAUCAGAUAUCAUUGCGGAACCCCGGGCCAUGGGCCUCCUGGCGGGUUCACGGCAUGGCGGACCGCGGCGUGGAUGUGCGGCCACAGUCUUGUGGUCUAGUCUGGGAGUUGGCGAAAAUGGCGUCGGGACACAAUGACCCGAAGCUGCUGUACGCCAUUAACGGCGUGUCGGCCUACCACAUUGUCAAUGGCAAGGAGGAGAAGCUCACGCCCGCCGGCCCGCAAACGCUGUCGCUGCUGAUGGUCCCAACGACCUCUGCCUUCGCCGACCCGUCGAUCGAUUCCGACAACGCCAGUCCUGAGCAGGAUUUCUAUCUCCAUCUCCAUUUGCCGCCCGAGCUCGACCUCCCUCUCCCAGCCACCACGCAAAUCUACCACCAGCCGCCGACCAGUUACCUGAUCCCGCGAUGGGAUCUAGGCCCGGACAGCGGGGCCUUUACCAGGAUCGAGUUUCCCUCGUUGGAUAGCCGGAAAGGAAUCCAGGAGGACGUGGACACUUUCGAAACGAUCCUGGCGCAAUGCACCGCAUUUCUCGAGAGGGCACCUCCGCCCAAAAUGGGACAAGGAGAGCAGCCGUGGUGGGACGGUAAGCCCGAGAAAAGCGCUGCGGGAAAGGCGGCAUUGGCAGCAGGGGAUGAGCUCCCUGCAUACAAUCCCGCAGACUUCAAGCCAGGCGAGGCAUACGCCAAAGGAAGCCAGAGUGCAGCCAAGCCUGGGCAGAUUGUGCUUGUUGACGAGGAAGACGGCAGCGUCAUUGGAGAGCUGGGUGAGGAAUUCCAGGUUGUCGAGGAUAGCGCGCUGAAGCCAGGGUCUAAAGAUCCCGUCGAAAUUACCCUUCCAUCAGAGGGCGGCCAAAAGAUCAACGUCGCGCCCAUAUCUCCACAGUUGUACGAGGCGGAGCUGCACCCGGCAUACAAAAAGUCGUUUCUCGUCUCCAACGCCUCGGCCGCCUCGAGACUCAUCAUAACUGGCUCCGACAUGCUCGCCAAGCUGAUGCAGAGCCAGGCCGAGAACUUCACCAAGAAAGCGCAGCCCAGCACCAAGCCCUUGACGUUCAAGCCCACCACCAAAGAGCACAUCCGGCGCAUCAACACAUUUACAGGCAACGCCGCCACCCUCUCGGCGAAGACUGUAGGACAGAUCGGGAAGGUGGCGCACAGCCUGGGCGCGACGCUUGGCGGGCACGGGAAGAAGGGCGGGCCUGUGGGCCACAAGGGCUACGGACCGGACGGAAAGCCGCUGCCCACGUACAAACCGGGCCUGCUCAACAAGAGCAUGAUGGCGUUUUCAACCGUCAUGGACGGCGUGGAGCAGGCCGGGCGUAACUUGCUGGCCUCAACGUCGGAGGCGGCCACCACGGUGGUGGCGCACAAGUGGGGUCCCGAGGCGGGCGACGUUACCAGGAGCCUCGGGGGCGGCGUGAAGAAUGUCGGGCUGGUCUAUAUCGACGUGACGGGCGUCUCCCGCAGGGCCAUCUUGAAGAGUGUGGCCAAGGGCAUGAUCGUUGGCCACACUGCGUCGGGCGAGCAAGUCAUUGUCGGAGGAGGCGAUGGCGGGAUGGCGGUCGCAGGCCCUGCUGGGACUGGCGCACAAGAUGCACAGUCGGUUGGUGGGAUGUCGAUAGCGGAGGGGAAGCAGCCGGCGGGUGGCUCAAAUGGGAAGUUUUAA